CAGUGAAAUCAAAAUUGGAAUUCGAGUGCAAUGAGGAGAGGAAGGAGAUAGAACGUGUUACUGUGCAAUUAUAAUUGUUUGUGUUAAAGUUUAUAGAUGGAGGGCAACUGCGUGGAUGCAAACUCAAUACCGGGUGACCCGGCGACUUUUAGCUACAGUGGAAAUGACUUUGUGUUCGAGGUGAACGUGAAGUCCCUCAAAGACUUCCCUGAUGCGGAGCAAAGCGAAUUUGACGCCCUUUUAGAGGCGAAAUGGCGAGAAGCUAUGAAUCAGUGCUUGUUUCGUUUCGCUUAUAAUCCUGGAAUGCCCCAAAGACGUUUGUCUGGGAAAUUCGGAUUCUUUUUAGAGGUAAACGGCGAGCGCCACUCCACCCGGCGGCCGCCGCCCGCCUUCGCCAGCACUCGGCACCCGGUCGACCCGAGCCGGUUCCACUUCGGGCGCGCGCCGGUCGCUGAGCGCCUGUUCCGACUCUCCGCUCCCGAGGACCAGCAGGACGGACCAAACGGCCAGCAAAAUAGACCAACGGACCAGCAGAAUGGGCCAGCGGACCGGGAGAAUGUGCCAGUGGACCAGCAGAAUGGACCAGCGGACCACUGUGCGCCGGCUGACGGCGGGGACGACUGGGUGAUGAUUAACGUCAGUCCGAUCGGCCGCAGUCACGUGCUGUUGUUACCGCGGCUCUUACAGCUCCGUCCGCAGCGUCUGGAGCCGCGGGGGCUGCAGAUGAUGCUGCACUGCUUGCUGCUCAGCCGAGACAGCGGUUUGCGAGGCAUGUUCAACAGUCUGGGCGCGCUGGCUUCCGUUAACCACUACCACCUGCAUCUGUACCGACUACCUCAGACUCUCUACGUCGAAACGGCCGACGUACGAAAAGUGGUCGAUGAGCUCUACGAGUUCACGGACUACCCAGCCCGAGCGUUUGUGUUUGAGGUCAACUCAACUAAUUUGAGCUCAGUCGCCAGUCGCGUCGUGGCGCUGACGGAACUCAUUCUGGACCGGGGUCUGGCGUUUAACCUGGUGGCGACCCGCGGACACCCGUGUUCGAGCCGACCGAUCCGACCUGACCUGUACACCGCCCUCAGGGUGAUGGUGUGGCCCCGACAGCCCGAGUUCCCUCAACUGCCCCGGGAACAUUUCCAGCUGGCUUCCUGCGAAAUGAUGGGACACAUCGCAGUUACUUCGGCGGAGGCGCUGGACGUCCUCACUGAGAGCUCCAUCGUGGAGAGCCUCCGGUCCGUCACUGAGGCGGCCUUUGACCGGGUUCGGUCGCAGGUGGUCGCAGAGGCCCUGCCCAAAACCAGUGCGGAGUCGACCGGCAGCUGAGUGGAACCCGGGGGUAUUGGUAGGGUGAUUGGCGAGUCUAUUUGAAGGUGAAGAAGGGUGGGGAUGCUUACUUUUUGUUUAUUGUUGUUUUACGUGCGACUGGUCUGUCUGUUAAGUACCGACGUCUGUCGCACCCAGCAGUGUGAGUGAUGAGGUGACUGGCUCGAUUACUAUCAUAGGACGGGUGGUGGGGUAGAGAUAUUACGGGCCAGGGCUGACCAUGCCGUCCGCAUGUUGAAGCUCAAGGACAGAUCAGUAUUCGGAGCGGGUUUGUUGUCCACUCUCAGGGAUGAGGUAGCAGCUGAGUUAGGCCCCUUGGAAGCUAAUGUUGUAUCGCCUUGAGUCACAUGCGUGAAUUAUUAUACGACACAUUUCCGGAUUAUGUUGUCGGUUUUAUGGGUGAUAUCAUUGCAUCUGCUUUUAGCUUUAAGAUGGACAAUGUUUUCUUUAUUUGAUCGGCCCAGGUUCAUAUUAAGCCAUAAGUGCCUCGCUUGGUUGUGAAACUUGACCCGCUUGUGUAUAAAUUGUUUUUGGAAUAGUCUAUUUUACCUGCAUAUCGUAUUUAUUUGUUAAUUUAUUGGUUAAUUUAUGACGAUUUCCUUAUAGUCACUAGUGGCAACGUCGAUGAAAAGAGCCCGUAAAUACACUUAUGCGGAUUA